CCGAUCGCGACCCCGCUGCCUGUCGCGAUCCCGGCGCCUGUCGCGACCGCGGUCCCUGUCGCGAUCCCGCUGGCUGCCCACUGCGAUGGUGGCCGAGCGGAGCCGCGGCGGAGGAGGGGCGGCGGCGCCGCUGCCGCGCGGCUCCAGCCCGGCGCGGGGGCGGCGGCAGCAGCAGCGCAGACCUUAAUUUAUUUUGGAGGAUUCCCGUGGCAUGUGAACUAGGAGAUAAUUCAGACUAGAAGGCCUCCUUAUUUUGAAGCGACACAGCCUCUCCCAAAAUGGUUGGGAAGCUCAAGCAGAACUUGCUGCUGGCGUGCCUGGUGAUCAGCUCGGUGACGGUGUUCUACCUGGGCCAGCACGCCAUGGAGUGUCACCACCGGAUCGAGGAGCGCAGCCAGCCCGGCAGGGCGGAGAGUGGCGUCCGGAGCACGGCGGGAGCCGCUCCCGGCGGGAACGCCAACGGAACCUCGGCCUACAACAAGGACAUGCCUUUGAUCUUUAUCGGGGGGGUCCCUCGCAGCGGCACGACCCUGAUGCGGGCCAUGCUGGACGCGCACCCCGACAUCCGCUGCGGGGAGGAGACCCGGGUGAUCCCGCGCAUCCUGGCCGUCAAGCAGAUGUGGGCGAGGUCGAGCAAGGAGAAGAUCCGCCUGGACGAAGCCGGAGUCACGGAUGAGGUCCUGGACUCGGCCAUGCAGGCGUUCCUGUUGGAAAUCAUCGUGAAGCACGGCGAGCCCGCGCCGUACUUGUGCAACAAGGAUCCCUUUGCUCUAAAAUCCUUGACUUAUCUUGCCAGGAUUUUCCCCAAUGCCAAAUUCCUUCUGAUGGUACGGGAUGGCCGUGCAUCUGUGCAUUCCAUGAUAUCCAGGAAAGUCACAAUAGCUGGGUUUGACCUGAACAGCUACAGGGACUGCUUGACCAAGUGGAACCGUGCUAUAGAAACCAUGUACAACCAGUGCAUGGAGGUUGGGUUCGAAAGGUGUAUGCUGGUGCACUAUGAACAACUUGUGUUGCAUCCUGAAAGGUGGAUGAGAACUCUCCUUAAGUUUCUCCGCAUCCCGUGGAACCAAGCGGUGCUGCACCAUGAGGAGAUGAUUGGGAAGGCAGGGGGUGUUUCUCUUUCCAAGGUUGAAAGAUCUACUGACCAAGUGAUCAAGCCUGUCAAUGUGGAAGCACUGUCCAAGUGGGUGGGGAAGAUCCCUGCUGAUGUCCUGCAAGACAUGCCUGUGAUUGCCCCCAUGCUGGCCAAGCUGGGCUAUGAUCCAUAUGCCAACCCCCCAAACUAUGGAAAGCCAGAUCAGAAAGUUGUGGAGAACACGAGGAGGGUCUAUAAAGGUGAAUUUCAGCUUCCUGACUUCCUUAAAGAAGUGCCACAGCCAAAGAAGACAGUAGAAAGGAAGUCUCGUGGCAAGAUAAAAUGAACGUGGAUCAGUGAAGUCAAAUAGCUGUAGUACUGAACCUAUGGAAUAGAAGAUUAAAUGGACAUUUCUUGCACAGAAGGAGAUUGACUGCUGCCUUUUCCGUGGGAAUGAUCCAUAGGGCCUGUCCCCCCGGGAUCAGGGAGGUGCUGCUCAUGGCCUGCUUCCUUCACAAUUUCUUCUCCCAUUCCUUUCAUACUGUUUUUGUUCAGAAUUUUGCUGUUGUGAGUGCAUGUAAAGCCUGUUAAAGAAAAUAAAAACACUGAUGUUGACGUACAGCUGCAUUACAUUCGCACAACUAUUUUUGUAAGGUUUAAAAAAAAAAAAAAAGGCAAAGCAAUGAAUCUCUGAAAUUGCUCUUCCGUCUUAAUUACAAAGCUCCAUCUUCAAAGAUUUUUGUUUGUUUCUUGUAGCAGUUUGGUUUUAAAUGUACGAAGCUUUCAAGAGUGGUCUGUGCUUGUCCUAAAAGAUUGCUGGUGGAACAGUUUGUCUGUUUUAUUCAUAUGUGGAAAUUGUUAAAUAUCUUUUAUUUAAAGAAAAAAAAAAGUUGAUAAAUUACAUGUAUAAUUACAA